AGCGGUACCCAAGCUGAGUGAGUGCAUGGUCAGGAGCUUUGAGCGCCAUUCACGGAGGUCUUCUCACCAAGUCGAAUUACUCGUGAGAGGGGCAAAGCGUGGCUGUCAGGAGCACUUAGAGGCGGGCCUACCUAAGCUGCAUGCUCAUCACCCCGCUGCAGCCAAUGGAUGAGGGACAAGCACAGGGGGAGGAGCCAAUGAGACGCAGGCAGGAAGUGGAUCUCCUGUUCGACCACGCCCACCACAUCUCCACACUGGGCGCGCUCAGUCCGGACCAAAACCAGAACCGGCUGAUGGAAGAGGAGGCGGAGAUGGAGGCGGAGCGUGGAACUCAGGGGCGGAGUCGGCUGUUGCAGCAGGAUUCCGUGAAUAACAACGAAGGCUGUGAGGUAGAGGAGGCAGAGGAAGAGGAAGAUGAGAGCUCCAAGGUGGAUGAAGAGGACAGCUCCAAGGUGGAGGAGGAAGGGGAAGGGGACAGCUACAGCGGAGCCUUCUCUCCAGAUCUCGACAGCCAGAGCAGAGACUCCAACACUUACAGCCCCACAGGUGUGGAGGAGCUGGUGAGCAGUCCAGAGGAGUGUGUGUUGGGAGGCGUGGAGCAAGAGGAGGAGGAGGGCCAUGUGGAGAAGGGGGAUGGAGGUGGUGCUGAGAGGCUGAGGGGGGCUGAGCUGCCUUGCUACCCCCCUGACAACACUCUGGACCUGGGGGAACACCUGGACCACUCCCUGCUGCCACAGCGCCUCCACCAGAUUGCUGAAGCCUUAGUCCUCGAAGAAGAUUACGAGCGGGCUAUCCGCUUCGUGCAGCUAGAGCGCCUCUACCACGAGAGACUGCUGGCCAACCUGGCUGCCCUGCAAGAACAGUGGGAGUUGCGGUGGAGGGGAGCGGGGGGUCCCCAGAGGGCAGCCACAGGCAGCAGCAGCAGCCCCAUUGACCCUCAGCAGCUCCAGACACUCUCACACAUCUGCAGAACGCACACGCAGCCGUCGCUGAGCCCCGAGCAGUGUAAAGCAGUGGACAAAGUGCACCUGAGCAGCCUGCUGUGUGGGAAGACGCGACAGGAGGUGAGGGAGGUAGCGAGAGCGUUGACUCCGCUGCUUCCAUGCGACGCAGGCAGCAUGGCUGAUUCAGCAGGAGCGAUGGCCACCGAGACCGAGCAGCAGCAGCAGCAGCAGCAGGAGAGAGACACGUGGACGGCGUCUCCCACACCGCACGACUCUCCUCCCGCCUAUAGCACAACCACCGCCACUACCGCAGACGACCAGCAGAGGGGAGCAGAGAGCAGCCCCUCCCCCAGCCCAACCCCUCUCCCGCCCACAGACGCUCUCGUAGGCUCCUCGGCCGUGACUGACGGGCCGUCCUCCAAUGGCUGCGCCUCAGAGGCGGGGUCAGAGGCGGCAGCAGCGCUAGAGGCAGAGGCAGAGACUGUGCGGGCUGGAGAGGGAGAGCGUGAGGCUGAGAGUGCAGAGAGAGCGGAGGGGGACGCAAGACUGCGCGCGCUAGCGAAGAAGGAGAAGGAUUACCCAGAGCCCGAGACAGCCACCGAUGCAGCACACCGGCCCAGCAGCAGCGGCAGCAGCCCGAGCCCGAGCCGGAGCAGGAGCAGGGAGGGGCAGGGAGCGCAGGAGGAGGAGGAGAGGGCACCGCAGCGAGAAGAGCAGCAACCUGACACACAACACAGAGACUUACAAACACACACGCACUCAGACGCGCACACACAGCACAUGGAGUCUUUGGAGCCCGACACACACGCACCGGACGAGAACAAGACAGCCUCACAUACCGCCACCACCACCACCACCACACACACACCGACACCUCAGGAGCAGAAGCAGCAGAAGCAGCAGCAGCAGCAGCAGGCGUCCGAGCUGAGGGCAUCCCAGGCGGAGGAGCGCACGGCCGGGGAUGGAGAGGAGGAGGACGAGGAGCUGGAGGAAGAGGAGGAUGAGGAAGAAGAAGAGGAGGAGGAUGAGGAGAUGGAGGACGCCGAGGAGGCUGUGGCGCUCGAUAGAGGAGGAAGAGGAGGAGAAGUAAGAGUAAGGGAGGAGGACAUUGGGAUGCCGGUGGAUGUGGGGGUGCUGGAGGACUCCAGUCCGGAGGGAGAGGGAGGCGACAGGGGACUGCAGCGGGGCGUCGGGGGUCAGGGAAAAGGGGAACCCCCAAAAGCGGCCACUCUGGACGACAUGGCCAAGAAGAUACAGGUGGAGGAGAUCACGCCUGCGUCUGGCCUGGUGUCUAUCCUGAAGAGGCGGGCCUCCUUGGAGGGUUCCAGUGCGGCCCGGCCCAUCCCCAGACCCAAAGCCCCCGCCAAGCGCAAGGUCCGCUUUAGGGAGCCCGACGACGCGUUCGACCAAGACGAGGUGGGUGGCGACUCGUGGCUGCUCCUGCUGCUGCUGUGUCUGGCCACGGUGGUGAUCAGCGUGGGGGGCACGGCGCUCUACUGCACGCUGGGCGACGCCCAGUCCAGCGUCUGCACCGACUUCUCCCACAACAUGGACUUCUACGUGGGGCAGGUGCAGCGCGGCGUCACCGAGCUCAAACACUGGCUCUCUCCCAGCUCCUCGUAGCAGCCAGCCGCCGAUACAGGCAUACAUGCACAGCGCACCGCACCGCAUACAGCUGACCGACUGAACUGACGGACCCUUUUAGACACGUGUGUGUGUGUGUGUGUGUGUGUGUGUGUGUGCGUGUGCGCGCGCGCGUGUGUGUGUGUGUGUAGGGGGUGCGAGCUAAAGCCCCGCUCAUGUCGAUGUUUUUAAAGACACUGACCUGCCAUGUGGACGUGUACGUGUGUACGCAUGUCGCCUCAGGACGUGCAGGUCUGGGCCAAUGCGUAGCAAACACCCAGCGUUAAGUAUCAUCGUUCCGGCAUCAUGAAAACCACUGCUGUUGGCUGACGCCUUAUACGACCCUGCCUGCUCCAGCUCAUGAGAGACCUCUGCUGGUUGAUCUGUGGUAUGGCAGGAGCAAGGGUCCUCCAGCGCCACAAAGGAAGUGCUUGAGCAAGGAGCGUCUUGGUGUCUUGGAGGAUAGACCACGGGCUGGAUCUGCUUGUAAAGCACAACACGACACAUCCCACAAUAGCCUCCAGGCAGGCCGUCACCUCUCUAUGAGGUGAUCUCGCACGCUACCGCGGCAACGCUGACCAACACACUCAGCCGAUUGGCCAGUUGUCGGAAUGACAGAGCUGAUUGGCCAGUUAUCAGAAUGACACAGCUAAAUGUUUACUGCCACCUCUGACCUUGAAAAAAAAACAUUGAAACAAAACAUUCUGAUCAGCUCUUAUGUGCUGUUUUCUUGCUUGUUUUCGUUUUGUUUGUUCUCUUUCUUCCUUCCUUUUUACUACAAUUCAGUCUUUUGUUUUGUUUUGUUCUAAUGACCUCAGUUCAGUUUUUUUAAUGGAAGGACUUGGCGGCAUUGAGCGAUGAAGAGUGCAGAGCUUGACUGUAGCAAUGUCCACUCUUUUUACCUCAGCCCGCCAGCAGCAGGGACGCCGAAAGCAAUAUGCGUGUUUUAAUGGAGGAGUGUCUUACAGUGACGCGAUGUCCCCCAACCUCAGUCUGGUACUGCGGAGCAGGGGAGUACUAUGUGUUCGUAAUGUAGAGGGCGUAUGUGGUGGUGGUUACAACCAGAGUUGUCAAAGUCCUGGUCCAGAAGUAAGUAAAAGCCCUGUCACACUUCACUUCCUUCCAACACAGGUGACUUCACUGAGCAGCCAGUGGCGGGGGGUAUACUAAGAAGCUGGUUCAGUAGUAGUGGUAGAGAUAAGUCAUCUAAGAAGAAGAGCUUGAAGUCGACAUUUUCUUAGCUAAAUGGUGCCUGCAGGUGUAUCUAUUUGAUCCUCUAGACUAACUAAGCCUGAUAUAUCACUUCACCAUGUUCGUAUACCCUCCAGGUCUAUCUGUCUUUAGUACUCAUUCUCAGAGGUGUAUAAAGUGAAAGUAGAAGUGUCCUCACAGAGUACAUACUUCAUUAGGUGCAGUGGAAUGGCUGGUGGCAGAUCAUGUACUGGUGUAUUUACGUCAAUAAGGACUUCUACUUCUACUUUAUAAUCUUCUUUAUCUUUAAUAGAAGAUAGAAGUAUCUUUAUAAUACUUCUCAUUAUGGUCACUUGACUCAGAGCUGGUUGGAUGGAAUUUGUGGCAGGGUUUUAACCUUCUGGAAGCAGGAUUGUGACAGCCCUGGUCAGAACCACAGGUUCCUGUCUGUGUCUGUAGCGACAAUGCUUUCUAUUGAUGUAUUUCGAAUGAUGUCAAAAGUCAAAAGAGUGCAUAAUCUCUCCCUAAUCUCCAAUUUGUCUAUUUAUGCCUCUGGGAUGGAGGAAGGACCUGAUGAUGACUUGGAUUGCUUGAGCUUUAUUGUUGCUUUUAUUGUUUUGUUUUUGUUUUUUCUCUUUCUCGGAUUUAGAAUCUCUUGUUUUGAUUUGUCUCUCUUUCCUUUGUUCCUGUCCUUGUGAAAUGUACUUCUAAGUCAGUGGUUCUUAACCUGGGGUCAGGGAAGAGAUUGCAGGGGAUGCGCUGAAUUUUGUAAUGCAUUGAGGUUAUGACCAAAAUUCUGCUUGUGAACAAUAUAAUUAGGCCGAAUAAAAAAAAACUAAUUAAAAUACAUUUUGCUCCCCAUGUAAAGACAUUAAGGUAUUGAUAAAUGUCACGAGCAAGAGUCAAUUGUAAUUAAUCAGUUACAGUGAUUUUUAUUGCGUAUAUACAUGUAGAAGUUUGGGGGGGGGGGGGCUUUCAGAAAAAAAGGUUAAGAACCACUGCUCCAAGUGACAACGCACAGAAAUGCACUUGUUGGUGCAUGUUUGUUGUUUUUUAAUCUCUUAAUCUCAGUCAAACUGAAUUUUAUGACGAUGUGAGUGUCUAUGCCUGUAGGAAGAGUAGGAAAAAGGCCCACUAGAGGAGCCAUAUGCAGAGAGAAGAGGAGAGGAGCAUUUGUGGAGGAGAGGAGGCAUAAGCAAAGUGGAAGAGAGAAGAUGAGAGGGUUGAGGGUAGCAGGUUACGGACCAGUAAGAGCUCCUAUUCUGGGGCAGGGGGCUAUUCCAAAAUCAUGGUUAAGUGCUAAACAUGGCUUUAUUGACCUACGUGCAGUGGUAAACCGCUUAAUAGAUAGCCACAUCUAGUGAAAAAAAUGAGGACCCAGCCUCUUCUAUUAGAUGAUUUACUGUACCACGACCGCAAGGUUAUCUGGUUACCUCCAGGCUAACCUGCUUUACUACUGAGCCAGGUUUCUGGAAUUACCCCCCAGGGCCUUCAUCUGGCCACAUGCCCAAGUGUUUUAAGGAGGGCAUAGACCGGCUGGCCAUCAUGUCAUGUGUGCAUCUCUCUGUUCUCUCUUCAUUUGCACGAGUUGCCUGGCUGGCUCAGGCGACAGUCUUAAUCAGAGUGCAUUUAUUGACCUAUUUAUUUAAGAAACCAUAGUUGAAGCAGCUUUGUGAAGGAAAAAAAACAUGUGAAAAAAAAAUUGAACAUGCAUGUCCCCUUUUUUUCACCACCUAAUUUAAUGUGGUUAUUAUCUUUCUGUCCCUCAAUUUGUUUUUUCCCCCAUUCCUUUGACAAGGUGAGCACCUGACCAGGUGUCUGCCUCUUUGAAAUGUCCAUCAAUGGGACUGUCACGGGAUGUUAUUUUUUUCUUGAGGGUUUAUCACAUUUUAGUUUUAUAAACAGUAAAUAUCAUGCAGAUACAAGUUGUUAAUGUCUUUACCUUCCUGGUUUUGUUUAUAUUCUUUAAGGUGUUGGGUUGACGACAAUGUGAAGGUCAUCGUAUGGGAUUGCUAAAACAGUACCUUUUUCCCCGGGUGAAUAAAUCUUGUUGGGGUUUAACUUUC